GGGUACCCAUGGGUCUUAGGCUGCGCGUGUCCCUUCCUAGGUGCAGGCAGCACCAUCCGGAUGAAGGGAGUCGACUCUGUCGCCGCUUGUUUUGUUAUUGCAAAGGAGCCGGCCGGGGAGUUUUAUUUUAAUUUCUUUUAAGUGAUCUGUGUUGUGUUGAACGACACAUCGACGUGCACGCGGUGGACCAAAUGGGGAAAAUAAGUUGACUGAUCGCUCCUAGGAGAGUUUGUUUUCCACGCUCCCGAAGAGAAAGAUUGCUAGUUUUGAUAAAAAUUCGCUAGGGCUUCUGGAAAUAAGCGAUGCAGGAACGUGGUCAUUUCUAAAGCAAGGAAACGAGCGACCUAAAUUUCAACCAACCUCGGGCUGGUGGAGCUGUGGUGGCGAUAAUAACAACGACAACAACCACUACGAGAGGAACAUCAUCUUCAUCCUCGCGCAUUCGGGUUGUGUGGCCCAAACAGUUGCGGUGCUUCAUCUUCGUAUUUACUCCAAGCGAAACAUUUUCACUUUCAGCGUCGCUAGAAGGCUGAAAAUAAGCACCCAGCUGGCCAGGCUACUGUAUGAGCCGAAAACGACCAAUACCAUCGGAACUUCUACAAACUGAAUGCUGCACGGGUCGGGUCGAGGCAGCGACGAUGCUGGAUUUCACAAAAUCGCAACCAUGAGGAAAUUUAAAAGAUGAAUACCUCGUUUCCUAUGUGAUAUAUUUACCUUUGGUUAUAAAAGAAAAGUGGGGAAUUCUCCGACUUUUCGCGAGUGGAGAGGGGAUCACCACCUGCAACAUGAGGGAGGCGUAGGGCCGCUGAGUGUUUAUUUAUUGUGGGGGGAGCGGGGUUUGAUGUCGCAACCACAUUAUUUUAAUUUUCUUUUAAGUCAGUGCGAAUCUUACAUUUGCGUUAUUGCGCUUGCGACAACGGCGUUUGAACUAGGCCUACGAUAUCAAACGGGAGGAAACUGGUGUCAGCCACAAGAAGUAGGUCAGAUCUUUUAAAUGAUACCACCGGAGUAUCAGUGAGAGUAAGCGGUACUCUCCUGUAGUUAUGGCAGUCGGUGUCUUUAUUUGAUUUAUUUUCCACAAUUUUUUUUAUUUUUUAUUUAUUUUUUUGUUUAGCCUACUGGAGUGUCAGGUUUGCCGUAGCCCGAUGACCGUUUGGCAGCCACCUGCCCAACCCAUAGGACCCUCAUCCAUCUCUUUUUCACUCUUUUUUAGAUCUUGGGAGGAGUUGCCUUUUUUAACGAAUAUAUAGGCUAUAGUCUAUAUAUAGGCUAUUGUUCGUCUUCCUGGUUUUCUUCUAUAGUUCUUUAUUUUGCUAACUGUUGUGGAGUUAAUGGCUCUGUGCGAAACUACGGCCACCAACGCCGCAAAAAUGAUGGCUGCGUACAACGGGGGCGCUUCAACGGUGGCGGCACAUCAUCCGCACCACCAUCACCAGUUAGCACAUCUCCCGCCUCCUCACCUCCAUCACCACCAUCACCCAGGCCAACACCACCUGCAGCACCCCGGCUCGGCCGCCGCCGUCCACCCGGUCCAGCAGCACGCGUCCACGGCCGCAGCUGCCGCCGCCGCCGCCGCUGCGGCGGUAAUGCUGAACCCGAGCCAGCAGCAGCCGUACUUCCCCUCGCCGGCACCCGGACAAGCCCCCGGGCCCGCGGCCGCUGCAGCGCCGGCCCAAGUUCAAGCAGCGGCGGUCAAAGCCCACCACCAACACUCGCAUCACUUACAGCAACAGCUGGACAUCGAGCCCGACAGACCCAUCGGAUACGGGGCAUUCGGAGUGGUCUGGUCAGUGACGGAUCCGCGGGAUGGCAAGCGGGUGGCCCUCAAAAAGAUGCCCAACGUCUUCCAGAACCUCGUCUCCUGCAAGAGGGUCUUCCGCGAGCUGAAGAUGCUCUGCUUCUUCAAACACGACAACGUUCUCUCCGCCUUGGACAUCCUGCAGCCCCCGCACAUCGACUACUUUGAGGAAAUCUAUGUGGUGACAGAGCUGAUGCAGAGCGACCUUCACAAGAUCAUCGUGUCCCCCCAGCCCCUCAGCUCCGACCACGUCAAAGUGUUCCUCUACCAGAUACUGAGAGGACUGAAGUACCUGCACUCUGCCGGAAUCCUGCACCGCGACAUCAAACCUGGGAAUCUCCUGGUCAACAGCAACUGUGUGCUGAAGAUCUGCGACUUCGGGCUGGCCAGGGUGGAGGAGCCGGACGAGUCGCGUCACAUGACCCAGGAGGUGGUGACGCAGUACUACCGCGCCCCGGAGAUCCUGAUGGGCAGCCGCCACUACUCCAACGCCAUCGACGUCUGGUCCGUGGGCUGCAUCUUCGCCGAGCUGCUGGGCCGGAGGAUCCUCUUCCAGGCCCUGAGCCCCAUCCAGCAGCUGGAUCUGAUCACCGACCUGCUGGGGACCCCCUCUCUGGAGGCCAUGAGGACGGCAUGCGAGGGAGCCAGAGCCCACAUUCUCAGGGGACCCCACAAACAGCCCUCGCUUCCUGUCCUGUACACGUUGUCCAGCCAGGCCACUCACGAAGCCGUGCACCUCCUCUGCCGGAUGCUGGUGUUCGACCCGUCGAAGCGGAUUUCGGCGAAGGACGCGCUGGCCCACCCGUACCUGGACGAGGGGCGGCUGCGGUACCACACCUGCAUGUGCAAGUGCUGCUACACCACCUCCUCCGGGCGGGUCUACACCAGCGACUUCGAGCCCGUCACCAACCCCAAGUUCGACGACGGCUUCGAGAAGAACCUCACGUCCGUGCGGCAAGUGAAGGAGAUCAUUCACCAGUUCAUCCUGGAGCAGCAGAAGGGGAACAGAGUGCCCCUCUGCAUCAACCCCCAAUCCGCUGCCUUCAAGAGCUUCAUCAGCUCCACAGUGGCACAGCCGUCAGAGAUGCCCCCCUCCCCUCUGGUGUGGGAGUGACCAGCAGAAGCCACGCCCUCCUGCCCCCGCAAUAGGCGGGACCAGCGGAGGCCACACACCCCCCCUUCCCUCUGGUUGUGGGCGGGACCAGUGGAGGCCACACCCCCCUCCCCGUCUGGUGUGGGAGGGACCAUCGGAGGCCACACCCUCCUGACCCGCCUGCCAACCGGCGCUCCUGACUACUGAAGGCUCAGCUUCCGAAGCGGAGGGGGGAAACAAGGACUACGUAGCAUGUCACUGGAGUCUAGGACUAGCAACGUUCGAUUGUGUGUGUACUGUAAUCUUAACUAAUGAAGUUUUCAAGAACCAA